ACAUGUUUAUUAUCAUAGGACGGAUUUGCGACUGCGUGAGCUGCUCUGAAAAAACAAAAGGGCUUUUUAUUUGAGUGUAACGGUAUCAAAGACUCUGUGGUGUUAUCAACCUGCUGCCACAUAUCAAAUGAAAUCAACAGUUCAUGAUUUUUACCUUCACUUAAAUUAAUUCCAUAUCUCCAGGAUGACUCAUGUUGUACCUCUUGUGUUUGCAUUUUGCUUGGGAGCGGUGGUACCUGCUUUGAGCUACCCGGAGACAGCUUUCGCACUGCCGGUUCAGCCCUGUCUUGCGCCCUUGCAAUGGGAGGGCAGAUCCGUCGAAUACAACCACAACACAGGACGAAAUACACGGGCCUCGGUGUCGUAUGAUGCACAGAACCACAGAAUAAGGCUUCUUCAACAGAAUAAAAGACAUACACCAUGCCAGAAAUACUUUGAGUUUAUCUACCUGUACAACAGUGGCCUGCUGUUCCAGAUCGAGCAGAAGACAAAGCAGUGUUCUAAGAUCCCCUUGACCCAGGCCUGGGACCCCUUUGACAUCCCUAUGAACUCCACCUAUGAGGACCAGUACUUUAUCGGUGGACCUGGAGACAUGAUCGAGGUGCAGGAGUGGUCAGAUAGGAAACCAGCCCGCAAAAAUGAGGCGUGGGUGGGCGUCUACACAGUGAAGGACUGCUACCCUGUCCAGGAGACCUACACCAGGAACAGCAGCAUCACUACCUCUACCCGCUUCUUUGACCUCCAGCUGGGCAUCAGCGACCCGGAAGUCUUCACACCGCCCAGCAGCUGCCAGUCAGCCCGCCCAGAGAGGAUGGACUCCGACUGCUGAGGCCUUCACCUUUCCCCUUUGACCCCAUGCUCGUUGACCCCAUGCUCUGUUUUCACAUUUCCCCCACUUUUUAAAUUUUUUAAAUUGAACCUUUAUUUAACUAGGCAAGUCAGUUAAGAAAUAAUUCUUAUUAGUGCCGGUUUAGGUGUAGUUCCAACUGUCCCGGCAUCCCGGUUAGAGGAUGUAGAAUGACCAGCAAGAGACAGGGAGACAAGGCACACUUUAUUACCAAACACACACACAUGGCAAACUGGAAGAGGAGACUAUUAGUAGUGUAAGUGUUGUAGUGGUUGUCUACAAGAGAAGAGCAUGUAUUACAUAAUGGCAUUACAGGCUAAUGACUAUGUAAUAGCAAUGAGGAUGACACGUACUAUAAUGGUCAGGUAUUAGCAUAAGCUUAUGUGGUACACAGUAGGAUACAAUAGUACACUAUGGACAGAGCUACUAGCAUGUAUUAGCAGCUAGACUAACAGUAUGGCUUACAAAGAGAAGUUUGUAGCAGCCAACUAAUGUAGCACACAUUAUGACAGUAUAUACACAGGUGGGCUAGCAUAGCAUAGUAUACACAAGAUACAAUUAUUGGCUAGCAUAUGUAAAAUAUACAAGAAAAGCUAGCAUGCUAGGCUAGCAGGCCACAGGCUGUGGGUAGUAGCACACAAUAUAUACAGUGGAGGCUAGUAAGCUUCAGGUUAUAGGUACAGCAUACAGAACUAUGUACAGUAGGGAGGAGUUUGCAUUAGGGUUAGCAGCUAGGAGUUAGCAUGCUAUUUGGCUAACAAUGGACAUCUUGGUAGAGGCUACGAUUCGUAUGAGGAAGUGACCGGAUGUUACCGGUCGGCCAUUUUAGGUGAGCAACUCGAAGAUCUAACUGGUAGCCAUCUUGGGUUCCAUAACAACAAUGAAGGGAUUACUCCUCAUGGCCUGGAUACUGUACUGUAGCCAGAACUAUGCCAAGCGGGUAGAUAACUUGUUUUAUGUUACAUGGGAUUGCAGACAGAAGUAAUCCUAACAUAACUAAUGAAACAUGUAUAAGCAUAUACUAACAUAAUAAUAUCAGCCUAUAACAUGUAAGCAGAUGUUUUGUAGUGAUUUCUAUGUUGAAAAUGUAAAGAAUAUUUGCUUGUCUAUGGUGUGUAAUGAGGAGCAACCAGAUGCUGAAUUUAACAUAUUUAUUAAUUUGCUUGUUCCAGUUCCUAAUAAGCAUGCAUCCAUUAAGAAAAUGACUGUAAAAACUGUUAAAUCUCUGGAUUGAUGAGGAAUUGAAAAAUGUUAUGGUUGAGAGGGAUGAGGCAAAAAGAUUGACCAAUAUGUCCGGCUGCACAGCCGAUUCGCAAACAUACUGUACAUUAAGAAAUCAUGUGACUAAACAAAAUAAGAAUCUGUACUUUGAAACAAAGAUAAAUAAUAUAAAGAAUGAAAAUAAAAAGCUUUGGAGUACCUUAAAUGAAAUUUGGGGCAAAAAGGCAACCUUGGCUCCAUCAUUCAUUGAAUCAGAUGGCUCACUCAUCACAAAAUCCACUGAUAUUGCCAAGUACUUUAAUGAUUUGUUCAUUGACAAGGAUAGCAAACUUAGGCAUAUGACAUGCCAACAUCAAAUUCUGAACCUACACAUCCAUUUAUAACUGACCAAAUUAUGAAAGACAAGCGUUGUAAUUUUGAAUUCCGUAACUUGAAUGUCGAAGAGGUGUAACAAUUAUUGUUGUCUAUCAACGAUGACAACUUGGAUGGAAAAUUACUUAGGGUGAUAGUGGAUGAUAUUACCACUCCUUUUUGCCAUCUCUUCAAUCUAAGCCUACAGGAAAGUGUGUGCCCUCAGGUCUGGAAGAAAGCAAAAGUCAUUCCGCUACCCAAGAAUAGCAAAGCACCCUUUACUGUUUCAAACAUCCAACCCUUAGUAAAGUUUUGGAAAAAAUGGUGUUUGACCAGAUACAAUGCUAUUUCACAGUAAAAAUAAUAAUUGGUCUCUUCACAGUCCCCAAAUCCAGAACAGAUUAUGGGAGGUGUACAGUACUACAUAGAGCCAUCACUCCAUGGAACUUCCACAUGAAGUUACUCAUGCAAGCAGUACAAUUAGAUUUUUUUUUUUACAAAAAAAAAAACAGAAAAAUACACCUUAUGGAAUAGCAGGGAAUGUGAAGACACACAGGCACAGACAUAUGGAUACACUCACAUGAUAACAUAUGCACACUAUACACACAUGUACACGUGUGCAUUUUAUGUCGUAGAUAUGUGCUAGUGAAGUAGUGUACUGAGGGCACACACAUAAUGUGUUGUGAAAUCUGUUGUGAAUUGAAUUGUAAUGUUUUUAAAACUGUAUAACUGCCUUAAUUGUGCUGGACCCCAGGAAGUAUGCUGCCUUCAAAUUAAUUUGGGAAGGGUCCAUAAGUGUGUUGAGGUGGAGGACAGAUAGGUAGUUGGCCACGGAAAGAGAUUUUUUUGUAUAUGACAGUAAAACAUUCUUGUGACACAAA